AUGAACCAAUGGGACCAUAAAGAGCACCCGACCAUACUAUUCACAUGCUCUAGAGGAGAUAACAGACUCCGACAGCUUUUGAACGAUGACUACAACUUCGAGAGCUGUCUUCGACUCUUGAGUUUGAAAGACCAACUACAAGUCCGCAAUGUCAAGCACAAUAAGGAGCUUGCUCUACUAUCGCGUUUAUUCUUGAAGUGUGCUGUGAACUCUGCUUUACUGUCAAUCUAUCCAGAUCAUCCCAGAAGUUUGUGGGAAGAGAUUGAGUUCGAAUACAAUGAGCAUGGUAAGCCUGAGAUCAAAGGACGCCCAUUCGCCUACAACAACAGCAACUCCAAUGAUUUGGCAUGCAUAGUUAUACUGUUGGAAGCAUCAAACGCUGGUGUCGACUUGUCCCAUGAGGAGCAGGACUCAGUUUCUUCUACUGAUUUCAUGAACCAAUUCGAGGGAAUCUUUGGGGGCUCAGAGGGAGACCAAUUGAGUAGCAUCGAGAGUGUUUCGGAGCGUUAUAUUGCAUUCAACCAUCUAUGGACGUUGAAAGAGGCAUUUACGAAGUACUUGGGGUGUGGUUUGAACAUCGACCUCUCGCUGUUUACAUUUGGGUUGACAGAAGUGCCCAAGGAUGGAUGUAUCCCGCAGCAAUCCGAUUCAAAAGUCACAAAUUACGACAUUGACUGGGUUGAGUGCCUGGCCGACCACUCUGACGUACAACAUGAUCUUCUAAAGCUGGAUCCCACGAUGCACUGCUACUCUACAACGUUAAAACUGUCCAAUAAACUACCGGUCAUCGCUUCUAUUAUAACCAAUUGUCAAUCUAAAGCGAGGGGAAUACACUUGGAUCUCUACGAAAUCCUCAAAGAUGAAAUUAUAUAG